AUGCUCCUGGUCUUUUCAUCGGCCGUUAGGAACGAUACUGUGUGUGGUCUCAAGCUCAGAGAGGAAGGUCGACGGAGUCUCGAAGCCCCGCCGAGGAAGCCAUUGGAGAAGAUUUGGGGUAUGCAAGAGUGUUGCGAUUGGAGUCGUGUUAUCAAGGAGGAACCGCCCGAGAAGGGGACACGAUGA